UGCAGUUUUAAAGGUUUGAACUGAAUGUAAAAAUGUGAUUAGGAUAUCAAAUUAAUUUCCAUCAUCCAAGUUAAAUUCUGUUUUGCAUUAAUGUGGUCUGACCGAGAGAGUCUGAAAAUCAUUUUUUUUUGGUCGUGUUGCAGCAAGACAGAAGUUUAUGAUAUACUUAAAAGGUCUUUUGUUUUCUUAGUUUAAAACGGAUUAAUAACCUAAUGCAACACCUUACUAUGUUUUUAAAAACAAACAUCUAAACUGAUUAAAGACCAUAUAGGUUAUACAGUGGUAAGUAAUAAUGUCAAUCGUGGCUUAGUAUAAUUUCUGAGGAGGGAUCUGCUACGUCGAUGUUCUAACGGUGUAUACACGGUUUUGGUAGUUGCUUUUAAUUAUCUAUAGAGGCCUGUCGAUCGCUUGACAAGUUGAAGUGGAGAUUACAAAUUAAAAUUUGGAUCAGGGAUCGAUGUUUCGUGUAUGGCGAUUAGAAAUCAGAUUAUGACUGGCAAAUCUUACUUUUCAAUACAGAACAUCACAUCUGCGCCACUAAUUGAUUGAUUUCUUCGAUGACUAUGUUUGCGCAUACACUAAGCUCUGACAGAUGUCUAGGGCCUCUUAUUGUAUAAAGGGUUGUAAAUCAGUUUUGUCAACAAAUUCAGCAUGUUUUUAUUUAGACUUUCAUAAAACAUGCGUUAUUAUGCCAAAUCCCAUGACAUAACGGCACCACGUGAGCCCAUGGGGCGGAUAUGGACAGCACCCUAUAUAAAUUACGUCAUGCACGUGCAUUAUUUAUUUGACACUAUAGGAUUUGCUGUGCAUUUUACUUAAGAAUGUAUCAAUUUUGAUACAAUAUUAUUUGAUUACUAAGCACAUUGUUCACUUGGAUGAUCAUCGACAUAUCUUGGGGAAGGUGGGCAUUUUCCAGUCAUAUCAAUAUUUAUCACAAUCUCUUCGUUUACCUUGGGGUGAUAUUUGGCAAAUUGGGAAUGAUAAUUUUAUUUUAAUUAAGGAGAUGCCGGUUUAAUCAUUAUUAACGCUAUCGGCUGACCAGAGGUACACACUUCGGCCCGCUAUAAUGGUGCUAUCAGGCCAAACAAUCGCCACCUAACACCUUGAUAAUACCUUCAUCAGUUCAAUCGUGGGACGGGUGGUUCGCAUUGUCUGAACCCGUCAUCGGUAAACAGGAUAAUUCCCCUUUCUCGAUGGGGAGGCGGGAAAACGGAAAUUACUCCUGAAGAUAAGGGUGAUCAUACCCCUCUGUAGGUGGUAGACCGAACAUCAGUUGUGUACAGACAUCGUGUGAAUUUUGUCGUUUAUUCAAUACGUAAAAUCGGUUGGUUUUGCAAGAAAAUCGAGGCGUUACUAGGACUGCUUUAAUGGAAGUCCAGAGAAAUGCCUUUGACCAGUCAUGGAUUUAAUUAUAAAUAUAUGAUAAGCUAUUCACCUUUAUCUAAUUAAUUUGUCCACUUUGUGGUUUUGCUUUCACACGUAACUUUUCCGUGUAUUUCUGGUAUGUUGAUAAUAAGUCCAUUAGCUAUUUGAAAUUUCUCUAGAACAAUGGAUGAAAUUGGCAAUAAUUCAAUAUUCUAACUUACUGAACAUAAUUGCGGUUCUGGACGAAAAUACAGAAUUGUUUUUGGUGGUCCUUAAAGAAAACAAUGUCCUGCCAUUCUGUUGGGAAACUAAUUAGUCGCGGACCACCGGGGCAUUGUCUUUGGGAGCGAUUGUCAUCAACGUGUUCAGGUAUCGAACUCCUGAGAUCCUAAUCAUAGUGUAGCGUGACCUCAUGUAAAUAACAUUCUGGUAUUUUUAAUAUGCACUAACACGGCUUUAUCUGUGUAUACUCCGAUACCCCGCUAUUGUAAACAAAGAAUGCAAAAUUGUUUCUAAUUUACGAUCCGGAAUGAUGAAGGGAAUUUAAAUAGAUUGAAUGGACAGCAAACAUUGAUCUUUUGGCCUUGUUUAACUUGUAUCUACAUUUAUUGUGGACAUAAAUUUUCAGUAAAAGGGCUGGACCUUAUUAUAACAGUGAUUCCUCCCAAACACACCCCGCCAUCGAAUGCGAGAGUCAUUCCUGAAACGUCUUGUCGGAGGAAUGUGGGAUAUUUGACGGUUAAGUUGACAGGUGAGAUAUCUUGAACGAUCAAGUAUGUACAGAGUUGGACAGGGAGUUAAUUAAAAAGGUGGUAUGGAUAUUUUUAUUUGGCCGGACCAUUGUGGGUUAAAGGAUUUUUAUAUGAGUGUAUGGAAAUUAGGAAGGCAUAGUGUUGCUUUGUGUGGAAAUUAAGGAAGACCUACAGUUGUUGUGUAUGUUGAUUUGAAUUUCAUGGCUUUUUAUUUUUCUGUGAAAGUGAACAAGUGAAAAUACGGCAUUUUAGGCGUAAAAGAAAAAAAGUUGUUUGUUUUUUCCGUGAUGAUGUUGAAUAACUUGUUUAUGGAAAUGGGGGGAAUUUUGGCAGCAUUAUAAACGUCUUUGAAUCAGCAACUCCUGAAUAAUUAAUCCUCGGCGUAAGUAAGUUAAAAAUAAAUUAGGGUGUAAUGGAUUAAUUUCCUUAAACUUGAAGAGGAUUAUUCAAAACCACAGUUAGACUUGCUAAUCCGCUUGCGCCAAUUUCUUGUUGCAUUUAUGUAUAAUAUAUCUAAACGGAAAAUGAAGGCUUCAGUGAUAUUCCAGAGGGACAAAUGAUUAUUUUAAUUGGAAAAGCAUACGCAAAUAAUGAAUUCUGUCAGGACUCAUUAAGUAAAGACGAUAUGCUUAAAACUGUCAUCAGAUCGGGUUAUUUUUCAUUGAACUAAGGAUAGCGGUAGGUGACGCAAUAUUUUAAUACAUGUAUUUUCUUCUUUUAAAUGUUAUCUUGUGCAUAGCCACAGAAAUCUGAUCUGCAGACACUGCAUGCGUUUGGAUUCCAUUUAACAAAGAAAAUAGAAUUCACCUCGUUUUACGAGCUGUAAAAUAAGAGCUUUUAAUUUAUUUACUUAUUCCGUUUUAUGAUGCAUAUGUAUUUGCUUACGUUUAUCUAGUUGUGAAUACCCGUCCUUGUAGUGACUUUUAAAAUGAUACGUCAGUCUGGUUCUAUUUCUCCAAAAAGUAUGUUCUUUCAAAAUUGUUUUAACACCCGUGUUUAUUCAGAGUCUAAAGAUAAUUUCGCAGUGUACUUUUGAGCAAUGAGUGAAAGAAUUUCCUUUUCUAAAAAUCAAACAAAUAAAACAAAAAACGGAAUUCAUAUUCAUUUUGGAAGUUUGGAUAGAAUAUCUCCGUGCUGCACCUAUUGAGUAAAACUUCCCUUAUCACAUUGUAAAGCGGGUUUCACGUUAACGGUGCUAAAUCUUUUUUAUUGACACAUUAUCAAAGAUGUGUCAACAAGCAACAACAGUACGAGAGGUAAUAAGAUUAGGAUUGAACAGGGGGUGUGGGUCCGCCAUACACCCAACAUGAGAAAACUGACACAAAAUUCUAUCAAAAGCCAACACUAUAUUCAGUAUAAGGCAAAGCUCAAGAUAUUUUCGUACAUGCUCGUUAAAAGAUAAUAAUAGUUAUUGCUGCUUUUACGCUGCACAAAACGCCCCUUUCAUAGAAAUAUUAAUAUUUAACGUUGAAAGUCAAAACUGCAUUAUAAGCGACGUGGAGAAUUUGCAGGUUCGGUGAUACCUGCAUGUAUAUCGAUUAUCAGACUUGUAAAUGGCCACAAACUCGACAGUUUACGAGAUUUACACACUAUUACAAAAGAUGCCACUUGUGGAGAUUUCUGAUAUUGAAAUCCGAUACACGUAAUGUAGGUUCUGAAUCGUAUCCUCAGUCUGACGAGAGGAGGAUAAAUCUCCAGUUUAUUUCUUCGAUGGAGUAUCCAGAUCAACUUGUAAUGGAAAUUCCAGUCUGGGUCUGUGGAACGCAGAAAUGGGUCACGGGAUUGACCAAGAGGACCACGUGUGAUGACGUUGUUUACGCUUUACUCUACAACGACGGCAAACACGAAGCUGAAAACACGGACAAAUACACCAUUUAUGAGCGAUGGAGGGACGUAGAGCGCCCUCUUCAGGGCAGAACCAAAAUACUCAAAAUUUGGCGUGCGUGGGGUGCCGAACAGUGUAACGUGCAGCUCGCGAUGAGACAUGCCGAUGAGAUUGGUGAAUAUGGUGAAUUUCUUCACACUCGUCGCAGAAGACAUCGAAAAACAAAACACAGAGAGCGGGAUCCGCGCAGUAGACAUUCCAAGUCUAAAACGAAUCAGCGACACGGCGAAUCGGAGUCUCGUUUGAAGACAAUGGAAGAACUAGCCAAGUUAGUGAUUCAACAAGAAAGGAGAUUACAUGAUAUCGGUAGCAGGAUAGAACACACUGACAGAAAGAUUUUCAAUAUUGAAUCCGAUCUUCAUGAAUGUCGUGUGGCCAAGGAUGGCGAAAAUUACCUCCAAGACGCGUAUUUAAACUCUGGCCAGGAGGACAGUUUAACGGAAUUUCUGAGGAACGUGGAACCCGAAAACUUGGAAAUGUAUAUCCAGUUCUGUGAACACGUGAUUGAACUCGACGAUAAAAUUAAGAACGAGGAAUCGAAAAUGAUGGACUUGUCUGGGCAAAUUUUUGAGCAAAGUACUCUGAACGACGCAUUUCAUUAUGCCGAUAAUUACAACGCCGACGUAACGGACGGGAAUCUCGAAUCUGACCUUGCCAAUCUGCAGGCGGAUUUAAACCGUAUCGUAUCUGCAAACAUGAUGCAGAAAUACAAAGCGGUAGAAAUUACGAAGGAAAUUGACUAUUGUGAUAGAGUUCUAAACCAAAAACAAGAGAUUAUUCAACAACUUCAGAAAGAGCUGGAAUAUGUAGAAAAAUGUGAAGACGUUAACGAAAUCCCAAAGACGAAUUACAGACAAUCGAUAGAUUUCUUCCACACCAGUACACCGAUAAACCAUCACACGGAAUCGAAAAUCAACCAGGCGGUCAAACAUGACAAUGAAGCCGACUAUGUCAAUAUUGGCGCUAUCAUGGAGUGGCAAGAAGAGGAAGGCCAAAACCAAGCAUGCGCCCAAAAUAGAUACGAACAAGAUGUAGGAGAAAGUGCCGUGAAGAAAAAUUCGUUCGACACGGAAGAUUCGUUUUCAGUGGACACAGACAAUACCUCGAACGAUUCACAAUUUGGUUCGACCAAUCAAAAGGACAGAUGCUCUGAUAAAUUUGGUUCAACCAAUCAAAAGGACAGAUUCUCUUAUAACUUUCACCAAACUCGCCCCCUGUUCCAAUUUCCUACCAUGACCUCUUUAGACAACGAUGACAUGAUCAGUGAAAGAAUUCAAAAAGAAAUAUAUGAUUACAAAAGUCUUCGCAAAUGUGGCGACUUCACCCGAAAUUUGACGAGUCUGAACGGGGAUCGUUCGUUUUCAUGUGCAAAGAGCAUGGACGAAAACGAUUCAAAUUCCGACACCGGUCUCAGUUCCAUGCACAGCGAUGAAUCUCCUAAUUUAUUAGAAACGCUUGUGUAAAAUUGUAUAUGGGUGUCACCGUAUGUGUUCAUAUACGACAUUUGACAACAUUUGUCAGUUUAUAUUUGAUAAAGUAAUUAUCAAUACCUUA